AUGGAUGAGGCGGUGCCUUCAAGUUCCUCAUCUAGAUCGAGGAGUCGAAUGGCUCGGGCGUCUUCUUCCCGUAAGGAUGAGGAGGAGGAGGAGGAGAUACCCGAUGUUCACCCUGAGCACGGGGAAGAUGAUGCGGAGGAGGAGGGCUACCCGGGAGCGCCUACAGACACUUCUAAACGACCGACCAUAAAAUCCGUGAACCAUGCGCGGAAAAUAUUUGAUUUGUUUAAACCACAUGCUCAGUGGUUUAAUGACUUUGUAGCUGGGAGCAGGCUUGGCGGGUUAUGCAUGACCGGAUAUAGUAUUAUCAACCACGACAUGCAGGGGGCUUUUGUCGAGUGGUGGCACAAGAAGACGUCUUAUUUCCACUUUCCUGUUGGGGAGUUGACGAUCACCUUACACGAUGUGGCCUGUCUGCUCCACCUACCGAUCAGAGGGAGGUUACUGGACCAUUCCCGGAUACAGAGGGUUGAGGCCAUAGAGUGGAUGAUGGACUAUCUAGGUAUGGAUCCAUACAUGGCAGAUUAUGAGUGCAGAGCGACGAGUGCGCAUAUCUGGUUUUCCAGCUUGAAUGAGCUUUAUGAGAACCACUUGGUGGCGGCAAUGGAGUCCAAGCAGGAGGGUGACGGGCUUUUUACUGAGUAUCAUUGUGCUUGCGCUCUGCGGUGUUGGUUCAUGUUCUUGGUAGGCACUACACUCUCUAUGGACAAAAGUGCAACCUAUGUCGACAUAACGUAUCUUUGA